AUGGAUAACAUCAGUGAAACACUUAGCUUCAUCGGCCAGGGGGCGUUUGUGGUGGCAAUGCUAAGAAAGGUGCUCCAACGUGCCGAUUCCGAGAAAAAAGACGGAAGCUAUUCCACAGGUUCAAAUUCACUUCCAAUAAGUGCAGACGACUUCCUAAGUUUGCUUGCGUCAUGCAAAGGCAACAGGACGAGUCUUAUAAAGUAUGAUUCCAAUCUCAAGGCGGAUCGAAGAGAUCUCAACACGCCAGAUUACAUGAUCCCGAGGUAUUGUGGCUUGAUCCGACUGACGGGCACGUUCCCUUUGAAUUGCGAACCAAAUCUCACGGAACUCAUCAACUGCGGAGCAAUUACCCCGGUGGCUCUUCACUUUGUUAGAAACCACGGUGCGGUUCCAAACCUUGAUUGGAGCUCACACCGCAUACAAGUAUGUGGAAACGUCAACAAGAGGCGUGACUUCACAAUGGACGAUCUUAAACGAAUGCACUCUGUUUCACUUCCAAUAUUGAUGGUCUCUGCUGCUAAUCGUGGAAAAGAGCAAAACAUGUUGGAACAGACUAAUGGUUUCAACUGGGGAGCCGGCGCGAUCAGUAACACUAUCUGGACUGGAGUUCCCCUUCGAGAUGUUCUUCGCAUCGCUGGGGUGACCAAGGUGACCCCAGAAAGACAAUUUGUUUGCUUUUCCGGCCCUUCUGGGGAGCUUUCUGGAGGUGUCGAUGGAUCUUACGGCACGUGCAUCCCUCUGUCUAGAGCUCUUGACCCCUCACAUGAUGUGAUAAUUGCGUAUGCGCAGAAUGGCGAGAAGUUGCGACCUGAUCAUGGCUAUCCAGUUCGCGUCAUCAUUCCCGGUUUUAUCGGUGGAAGAAUGGUCAAAUGGCUCACGAAAAUAGAAGUCACCCCUGGGCCUUCGACAAACUUUUAUCACCUCAGAGAAAACCGAAUCCUUCCUUCGCAUAUUAACUCUGAGUUAGCUGAACGCGAGGGUUGGUGGAACCGCCCAGAGUAUACAUUCAAUGAACUUAACAUCAAUUCCGUCAUCAGUUGUCCCGCGCACGGAGAUACCAUAGAGAUCUCUGACCGUAACUUUACAAUGAAGGGUUACGCCUACUCAGGUGGUGGUCGUUCCAUCAUCAGAGUUGAGGUUUCCCUGGAUAACGGCCAAACCUGGAGACUUGCAAGACACUACCAUCCCUGUCCUACAACAAAGUACGGAAAACAGUGGUGUUGGGCCUAUUGGACACACGACAUUCCGCGACGCGAUUUAAAUGGAGUACACUAUCUGAUGUGCCGCGCAUGGGAUGAAUCGAAUAACACUCAGCCAAGUGAUCUCACGUGGAAUACAAGUGGCGUGGGUAAUAAUCAUUAUUUUAAGAUCAGAGUGAACGAAAUCGACUCGGAUAAGAUUUCCUUUGAUCAUCCCGCAGAGCCCGGAUCCCUACCAGGCGGUUGGAUGGGUUCUAUUUCCGGCGGUCAUGCGGUGAUGUUCACCAAAACACCAAAAUUAACGGUGGACAGAGCACGCCUGGAAUUUGCGAACGUAGCUCGCGAGUUCAAUCCUCUUAUCCUCCCGGAUGCAACCCAAUCACUGUCGAGCAUGUCCUCCGUUAGUCCCGUGCUACAGAAACAGCAUUACACUCCCCCUCCACCCGGAGCUAAACUGUACAGGAUGCAAGAAAUCGAAGAACAUGAUUCAGAAGAAGACGCAUGGAUACUAAUUAAAGAUAGGGUGUAUGAUGUGAACAGGUACAUCAGUGAAGGCCACCAUCCAGGUGGCAACGCAUCGAUAACAAUGAACGCGGGAACAGAUGCCACCGAAGACUUUGAAGCCGUUCACUCAGCGAAGGCUUGGAAGCAGUUGGAAGCAUUCGCAAUCGGCUAUCUUGAUCCCAGGGACAAUCCUGCUGCAGUGUCCAUCUCUGAGAAAGAUGUAGACAACUCAAAGAACGUUUCUUCAUCCACACCAGCCUCGCGCGUAGCUCUAACCACUGGUCCGGUCAAUCUCCUGCAAUUCGCCUUGGCACAUCCUGAAAUGUACGGGGAAACCCUCGUUGGCGAGGCUGCAGAAGCAGAAGCUUUUGAUCGAAUGUGGGAUGGUGCGCAGCGUGAUGCCGGAGAUGCCCCCAUUGCUCUUGACCCCAAAAAAUGGAUCCCUCUCGUUUGCGAUGCCAAGGUCCCGCUUUCGCACGACACGAUCCUCCUCCGCCUAAAGCUUGAGUCAGAAGGUCACCAAUGUGGACUGCCGGUUGGAUAUCAUCUGUAUUUACGUGGUGAUCGGAAUGGUAAGAAAGUAAUGCGAGCGUAUACACCCUCAUCGCUAAAUGGAACACUAGGGGCCGUUGAGUUCGUCAUAAAGAUUUAUUUUCCGAACGACCAUCCAAACUUUCCUGAGGGAGGCCAGCUGACACAGUAUCUCAAUGCUGUGAAUGUUGGCGACGUAGUUGAGGUUAAAGGCCCCAUGGGCCACAUUAAAUAUGCUGGAUGUGGGAGGCUGCUUGUUGAUAAGAAUGAACAUAUCAUCGACAAGAUGACCAUGAUAGGUGGCGGGACGGGGGUUGCUCCGAUGUUGCAGAUGAUUGUUGCGGUCCUCGCAAAUCCUGCUGAUAAGACUCAAAUAAAGUUUUUGUUCGCAAACAAAACUACAAAAGAUAUCCUGCUUAAAUAUACUCUUGAUCGACUGCAGAGGGAAAAUCCGGACAGGUUUAGUGUCCAUUAUACCGUGAGCAAAGGAGACGAACACUGGCCGGGAUCAAUUGGACGAGUCAACAAAAAGAUGAUAGAGGAUUAUUGUUUCCCUGCACACGACUCGCGGGCUCAAUCAAAAACUGUCGCACUUCUCUGUGGACCCCCGUCUCUUGAAGAAGACACAUGCAUACCCGCCCUGAAAGAACUAGGGUACGAGAACGAAAACAUCAUCCAAUAUUAAUUUUUUUUUAAAAUCUUAAGUGAGAUGUACGAACACCAUUCACGUGAAUUUUGCGUACACUGACGAUUAACAACAUCGGUGUGCUCACACGCGACAGAGAGAGAUACUACUAGUUCUGACGACCGUAUGCCCAGAAGUGCAAGCCGGCCACAAAAAUCACGGCGGAGAUCACAUUCCCGAGGGUAACGGGCAAGAUAUUGUUCAACAUCAUAUCUUUCACGGUAAUUUGCGCGCCAUUGAGCAUACCGUGGGGUAUCAAGAACAUGUUUGCGACAGAGUGUUCAAAACCCAGGGUGACAAAAGCAGUUAUGGGCCAGAAAAUGGCAAGGACUUUGCCAGCAACAGAUGUGGAAGCCAUCGUGCCCCACACGGCAAGACAAACGAGCCAGUUGCAUAAGAUCCCCUUGCACAACGCAACGCCGAAAGAAAGAGAUACUUUAGAAGUGGCGAUGCCGACUACUGCUGCUUUCGCCGCUGGAGCAGAGGCAGUUUUGGCACCGAAAGCCAAGUAUGCCAUAACGAUGGAACCGAUGAAGUUGCCAGCAUAUGAAAGAAGCCAAUUACGGAAAAGUGCCCCGGCUUCAAUUCUCUUUGCCAGAAGACCAGAAAACAUUGUCAUGACAUUUCCAGUGAAUAGUUCAGCACCAGUGAGGAUCACGAGCGUGAGUCCAGCUGGGAGGCCGACUGCACCUUUAAGAAAAUUGCACAGCCCAGGAUUUGCCGUGGCGAGUGCAGGAGAAGACGCGCCGACGCACGACAUGAGCAAGGCGCCAAUGCCGAUGAGAGCACCGGCCGAGAAACCGAGGACGAGAGUAGUGCUGAGAUCCUGUGCCGCUUUUUUUUCUGCAGUGGCAAGAACGGCCUGCGUGAGUGAGGAGCAAAGCAGUCGGUAAAUCAGACAAGGCUCUAAUCCAGUUUUACGAGCGCGUCAUGUGAAUAAGGCCACUUAGUCGAGACCGAACGACUCACAUUGAAUACAGCAGGCGGUGGAAGUGCAUCUCCCUGCGGAACCACAUUUGCAACCACGGUAAGACACUUUCUUCUGGACGCGACGUUCACUGGCGUCUUCGGUGCUGUACGCAGUCUUCCGGGCGACAUGGCAGAAGGGCGCGCAGGGUAUCGGCGCUUCGUGAUGUGAGCACCUCCGCAUCCGCCACUUGUCAUGACGAAAUGCGUAGCGGCUGUCAUGGCGGGUGUAUGGCAGCACUUAGAUGCGGCCGUGCGCCUCCUUGGUGUGUUUCUGUCACUCAGACCCUCGAAGCACUUUUUCGCCGCUAAAUAACGUACGUACGUAGACAUCAAAUAAACACAUACAGUCCAACAGAUGGAGCGAGCGAGGUACCCUCGUUCGUAUCUGUUAGAUUUAUUUGUAAAGUGUACGUACAUAAUAUGAUGAUAUGCACAUAUGUGUAUGUAUAAUAUCUAUAUCUUCGUUCGUUCGUGAUCUUAAUAAUAAUAGAGCAAAUAAACUCGGAA